GAAGGCAUGAUGGAGGGAAAAAGGUGGUGGAGAACGUUGAUUGAAAGCGUUGAGGGCGUUGAGGGGAAUGUUGAUGAAGAAGAGACAAGCCGCUUUUCUGUUUUGUUGUUUUCAAUUCGAGACCUGAGCAACUGAGAUGGAACUGCUAAGGGGCUAAACUCUCAGAACUGAUGAUAGGUAAGACGCGGAGAGGGGGGGAGAGAGGGUUGUUUUAUCCAACGAGAAAUGUUGACAGUGCCACCUCCGCCCUCUUUCAACCCAUUCUCAACUUUAUACCUGCCUUCUCGGAUGACUAAGCCUCUUUGGACGGUCCUCUCCGAACUCCCCUUCCCCUCCCCGUUCUUCCCGUUCAUAGUCAUUAUGGAUCUACUAUCAUGCGCUACCAUGCUCCACCCCUCGGCCAACACUGACACACACAACAUCCUUCCCCGUCCUGCUCGCAAAUUAAUAAUCAUUCCCUUCCGUCCCGAACCAUAUGUUCUCAUCAUCCAUGACCACCCACCUCUACCCGCAAACUUGACAUUGCACAUCCUUGUCAUGCCCACACUAACAACAGGGUUUCCUUGUGUACCAUACAAUUACUCCCAUAACUGUUCCCAGAAUAAUAUCACCGGUUGCCCGUUCGCUGCGCACCCAAAGCAUGUCCGUACCACCUGUGUCCUUGAGCCCCUGCAGUGCAUGAUUAAUCGCUUCUCAGCUUGCAACGAUCAACCGUGACCG